AUGGGCAUAACUACUCCACUUGCUAUCUUUUUGCAGACCAUUUUAGCAAUUGACUCUGCUGUUGCCUUGAUAGGAAAUGGAUUUAUCAUCGUUGUGAAUGGGCACCGAUGGCUCCAAAACAGGAAGAUGGCCCCUUGCGACUUCCUCUUGACCUGUUUGAGCACCUCCAGGAUUAUGCUGCAGCUGACCAUGCUGACAAAUAAAAUUCUGUACUGCAACUCUGCAGAGAGUGAUAUGCGUGCAUAUGGACGAGAUAUUGGCACAUUUCUGUGGAUAUUUCUCAGCAACGUCAGCCUCUGGUGUGCCGCAUGGCUCAACAUCUUCUACUGUGUGAAGGUCACCAACUUCCCCCAUCACCUUUUCCUCUGGCUGAAACUAAGGAUCAAUGUACUUGCUACCAGUUUGAGCACUUCCAGAAUUAUGCUGCAGCUGACUGUCAUGAUCAAUUAUAUUCUGUACUACAGCCUUCUAGAGAAAUAUAUGCAUAGUUUUACACAGGAUAUUAGCUCAUUUUGCUGGAUGUUUCUCACCCAUGUUAGCCUCUGGUGUGCCACAUGGCUCAACAUUUUCUACUGUGUGAAGGUCACCAACUUCCCCCAUCACCUUUUCCUCUGGCUGAAACUAAGGAUCAAUGUACUUGCACCCAGACUGCUCGGAAUGGUGGUAAUAGCUCUCAUGCUCUUCUCUGUUCAUCCAACCAUUCUUUAUUUUGAAACUAAGAAGCUCUGCAAUCUCUCAAGAACUCUGCCACGGAAUGCCAGUCUCAGCAAGGUUUGCGACAACCCAUUAUUCGUUUUCAGAACUGUACAGUUAUGUUCUUUAUGCAUGAGUUUCAUCCUCAGUGUAACGGCAUCCAUGGUUUUGCUCAUCUCUCUUUGGAGGCACAUAAGGUAUCUAAGAAAGAGAGGCUCUGUCAUUAAGGACCUCAGCACUCAGGUCUAUCUCAAUGUCAUGAAGUCUUUGUUAUUCUCUCUUUUCUUUGGCAUUACAUAUUUUGCUUCAUUAAUCAUUCCUAUGGUUAGUCUGUACAGGAAAGGCACAAAUGCCCGAUUAGCUCUUGAGAUCGUGCUCUCUGCAGUUCCUUCAGCACACUCCAUGAUCUUAAUAUUGUCCAAUCAAGAACUGAAAGAAAUCUUAAUGCACAUUCUACACAUCAGACAAAGGGCUGCCUUAAAAGAAGAGGGCUGUCCAAAAGUCCAAAUGGUGUUCUCUAAUUAUCGUUAUUAA